GCGACACCAACCGUUAGAGCUCCAGCCACCAGUCGCAGAGUGCACGAGGACUCAGUUUUUAAAAACCAACUCAACGUUCUCGGAACAUUCGAACGCGCGCGACACGAACCGAAGAAUUAAACCGGGUUUUUUUUCAACUCCGUAACAACUUUAUCUUAAUUACCGCUUGUUUUUAACGACAGAAAACUUGGGUUCGUUCGACAUUUACCGAUUUCAACAUCAGAGGAGAAGAAUUUAACGGCCAUUUUCACCUCAACGCUAAUUUAAUUAUAUGUUUCCAACAUUUUAAGUAUUUUUUUUUUUUAGCUAAUCCGUUCUUAUGUUUCACCAGUUGCUUCACUUUUAAUGACAUUUGACGUUUGUACCGGCUCCGUGACGUCGUGCUGAGAUGAGGUUUCAAACCGCUGCCAAAGGUGGAUAUUAGCUUGUGCUUUUGUCCAGAACCGGACAGGGACCAGGACCAGGACCAGAGUGGGCUGUAUUUGUGUUCCUGGUUAAAGGAGGAAGAUGUUGACCCGGGUCAGCCUGGUUCUGCUGUCCUGGUUCUGUAUAUGGAGCCAGGGUCAGCUGUUGGAUUAUGAGAGUUGGGCGGACCAGGCGGCAUUGUCUAACGGUCUCUGUCGCUAUGGCAACAGUGUGGAGUGUUGCUGGGGCUGGAGACAGAUGGAUCGAGGGCGCUGUCGGCCUCACUGUCAGCAGGGCUGUAAACAUGGAGAGUGUGUCGGACCAGACAGAUGCAAAUGUCACCCGGGAUACACCGGCAAGGCCUGUAACCAAGAUCUAAAUGAGUGUGGUCUGAAGCCUCGGCCCUGUAAGCAUCGCUGCAUGAACACACCGGGCAGCUACAAGUGUUACUGUCUGGACGGAUACACACUGCAGCCAGACGGCAGCUGCAGGAACGCUCGAACCUGUUACCAUGCCAACUGUCAGUAUGGCUGUGAGGUAUCCAAGGGGGCGGUCCAGUGCACCUGCCCAUCACCUGGGUUACGGCUGGGACCCGAUAGACGCACCUGUGUCGACAUUGAUGAGUGUGUGUCGGGCGGCGGUGUGUGUCCUCGUCACAGGAAGUGUGUGAACACGUUUGGGAGCUUCAUGUGUAAAUGUCACCUCGGCUUCAAACUCACGUACAUCAAUGGACGGUACAUAUGCAUUGAUAAAGACACGAGGCCGUUCUGCUCUCUGAACCCGUCCUCUCCAAAGUGCAGGUGUAAAGACGGCAGCUGUAAAGCUGUUCCCAAAGUCACUCUGGAGCCACAGAAACCAAGAACUACAACUCCCAUCACCACCACUGCUACUACUCCUCCUCCUCUUACUACUAUGACUACAACUCCGCCUGUUAUCACGACAACCAUCGCAGCAGCUGCCCCAGCUUCUUCUACAGCUGCUACUAAGACUGAAACAACCACUCCAACACCUACUACUACUACUACUACUACUACUACUACUUCUGCUGCUACUACUACUACUGCUACUACUAUUACUACUGCUUCUGCUGCUACUACUACUGCUGCUACUACUACUACUGCCUCUACUACUACUGCUGCUGCUACUACUAUUACUACUAUUACUGCUGCUACUACUACUUCUGCUACUACUACUACUGCUGCUACUGCUGCUACUAUUACUACUGCUGCUGCUACUACUACUUCUGCUACUGCUGCUACUACUACUGCUGCUGCUACUACUACUUCUGCUACUGCUGCUACUACUACUGCUGCUGCUACUACUACUUCUGCUGCUACUACUACUGCUGCUGCUACUACUACUUCUGCUACUACUACUACUGCUGCUACUACUGCUACUACUACUACUGCUGCUGCUACUACUACUACUUCUGCUGCUACUACAGCUGUUAGUACUAUUGCUUCUACUACAGUUCCAAGUACAACACUUCCUGCUGCUACUACCACAACAACACCCCUUACUUCAACUACUAUUCCAAGUACAAUGACACCUGUUACUACGACGCAACCUCCCCCUCUGCCUACAACUGAGCUGGAGACUACAACUCCAACAAAUCCUGCCACUAGUACAACUAUUAUUACUGCCACUACAACGGUUGCCCCGACAACCCCGAUGCAGCCCACAACCAUCGCCAUGGUAUCGACCACACUGAACAACAGGAUCACCAAGGAUGUGACACACAAACAGAGAGGAGACGUGCACAUCCCUCGACAUCCCGAUCACAACAACCACGUGUGGGAGUUUGACAUCGAGCUGGGAAACACCGCCGAAGAUGCCAGAGACGAUCCAGAGGCUGGCGUGCUUCACUGUACCUUCGAUCAGGGAGUGUGUGAUUGGCUGUCAGACAGAGACGGAGAUCUUCACUGGGAAACUUCUCUCAACCCGGCAGGUGGGCGGUACCUGUCUGUCCCACAGCUGAAGGUUGGACAAAGGAGCAUCCGUGGCGCCCGAUUGGCUGUCCAAAUUGUCCCACCCUGGAGCCUCGGUGACCUGUGUUUCUCCUUCUCCCAUUGGCUGACGGGGCAUCAUGUGGGCGUGCUGCAGCUGUUCACCAGGAAGAAGGGGCGGGACCAAAGGUAUAGCCCCGCCCUCUGGAGCAGGACAGGUGGGCAUGGCUGGAGACACACGCAGGUUACCUUGACGACGCACUCUCUGGACAGGGUGGUGUUAAAGGCAGAGCGGAGGCAGGGACGGCGUGGACAGAUCGCUGUUGAUGAUGUCACACUGAGACAGGGGGCGUGUAGAUGACAUCACUGCAGUACGAGGACCACACUGCUGUUUUCAGUGUCUCGGCCCUUAAACUGUAAAUCCUGCAAACGUCACGUCGACUCGUCAAACUGACAGAUGAUAAACACCAGCGGGGUUGACAGAGGGUGAAGAUCCUGUGACCUUCGACCUGGAAACCGUCAGUCAGCAGAUGAAAGUGAAGCAGCAGGUUAAAACCAAACAGUCAGAGUCAAACAUUCAUAGAAACUGAACUUUGUUCCUGUUCCAGUUUUAUUUUUUAACCUGAGUAUUUUCACCUGAACUUCAUCAGGUGAGAUUUGACAUUGAUAUGUUCUUCAGUUGUGAUGACGGUGGCUCUGACCCUCAUAUGAACCAUGAAGCUUUCUCCACCAGGGGCAGAAACAUCUCAGCCGGUGCAGUUUUAUCAAGUCUAAUUAGCCAUGAGUCAUUUAUGAUUAAUAUCAAAUCAGUGACAGAGUCUUUGUGUCAGUUCAUUGUUUAAAUUACAGUCUUGCACGGGGGUGUACAGGAGAGGACGAGGGCCACAUGGGAAAAAAAUAUUUUUCAAUCUCAGAAUUCUGAGAAAAAAUUCAAAAUUCUGAGAUUAAAUAAUAGUAAAAAUAAUAAUAAUAAUAAAAA